UACUAAUUAUAUAUACCAGCUGAUAAAUCAAAAUCAAUACAGGUUUUUUUGCAUUUGUUGGGCUAAAAUGGCUUUAUCAUCUUGUGCUACUGGUUACUCUAAUCCUCCUUUCUGUCUACGAAAUGGCAUGGUUUCUUCAGUCCCAAAGUGUCAGGUGCGGAUUAAUCAUCGAAUUGGGUUGUCAUUUUUGCCUAAAACGAGUCUCCCGGCCCGAAAGAACCCUUCCAAUCUGCGAGUCUUCUGCCUCCGUCAUACCUCAGCAGUUGUUACAGGCAAGUCAUGGGAGAAACUAGUUUUGAAUAGUGAUACCCCAGUACUUGUCGAGUUUUAUGCCAGUUGGUGUGGCCCCUGCCGGAUGGUCCAUCGUGUGAUUGAUGAGAUUGCAAUGGAUUAUGCCGGGAGAUUAAAAUGCUUUGUACUCAAUGCAGACAGUGAUUUGCAAGUUGCUGAGAAUUAUGAUAUUAAGGCUGUGCCAGUGGUCUUGCUGUUUAAAAAUGGUGUAAAACUUGAAUCCAUCAUUGGUACCAUGCCCAAGGAGUUCUACAUUGCUGCCAUCGAAAGGGCGUUAGCUUCAUAAUCGUGUUAAAAUAUUGAACAGUUGAUCAAAUUUUUUGACCUGACAUUUGAUCCUCCAGCUGAUGCUCUAACUACUUCUGAAGUUGGAAAAGCUUUCUAGUCCCGGUUUCUUGAAUAUAUGCCAAUGUACAGCAAUUUAAUGUUGAAUGUAUUUGAAAAUGUUGAUUGAAUUUGGUGUCUGUUUCUGAUACUUACAAUGUGUAAAGGAACUACUUUUGCCAAGUUGGUCCCUUUACCCUCGUCUUCUAUUCCCAAUUUUCCAUGCUCUACAAUAUCUGAAUGGGAUGAAUUUGGUGUUAAAGGAUUAGUAACCAAAUGAAUUGGGUUGAA